AGCUUUCCCGUCGGAGUAUCUGAAAGAGCAGGCAGAGAUAGAAGACCCCUAGCCGAAAGAGCUUCGCUCGCUCUCUCUCUCUUUUUCUCUCUCGCUCGCGCUCUCUCUCCCCAACCGCAUCUUCAUAUCCUCAAGUAUUCUUUAUUCUUUAAUAUUCGUCCUUGUUUUAUUCUUACUGUUUCGUCUCCCAGCGCCUUCCGAGUCUUUGUCGAAAAUGGCAUCUCGUCUCAACAAAGCUUUCACGCUUCAGAAAUUAACAUAUGUUGCGAUAACCAUGGCUGUGUUCGGAAUACUACUAGUGGAUCAGACUUCGGCCCGGUUUUUGGACGACGAGUGUCGAGGAGUCAUGGGAAAUCGUGACUUGUACGAAUACGUCGUCAGGAUAUGCGACGACUGCGAAAACAUAUUCAGGAAAAGCAACGUUGGGCCCAAAUGCAAGAAAAACUGCUUCUACAACAUGGACUUCAUGUGGUGCGUCCAUGCCACUGAGCGAACCGACGAGCUGGAACAUCUGAACCGAGCGAUGAGCAUAAUACGAGUCGGACGCAAGUGAGAAUCGCCCAAAACUUCAGCCAUCGAGAGACACACUACCACCCCCGCCACCGCCGCUACGACUAAUGCCUCACCCAACUCCCAAGACAUGGUCGACCUUCCAUAGCUGAAUUAGAUUACUAGUGUAUGUCAGCAAAACGUGUCUGUCUGUCUCCUAGAUCCACUAAAUUCGCAGUUGACCCUCUUUUAGAAAUUGCUGUUCUGCUUGAUAAUCUUGCAAUUUACUCCCAGUAGAUAUUCAUAUAAUAUUUAUCCAUUUGUUUAUUUACGAUCUUUCUUUGCCACUUAUUGUUCGAUUAAUAAGUUUAAUAUUCAUUUAGCAUUGAAACUUACGUUGUUUACUUCACCUCACUGCCAAAUUACCUAGAGAAAAUUAAUCGGUAUUUACAUUCGGUUAAAUGAAUAGUUGGCUAACCAUAAUCUUAUGAAUAACGGGAUAACUUUUUUUAAAAAUUGGGGUUUUCUGUCCUUAUCAGAUUAUUGGAAAUCAAAAUGAAAGAAUAUGUUUUAUUGUAAAAAUAUAAUUUCUUGGUUAAGUAUUGUCGACCAAAAUUGCAUAAAUUAAGUUUCGUUUGUAUCUCAGAAAUGACGAAAUCGGCAAAAUUGUACCUAAAAAAAAAUCCACUUUCACAUUUCUCAUAGAAUUGAUAUUUGUGAUUACCCAAAAAUAGAACUUAUUUGUGUUAUUGCCCAAAAAAUAGGAUUGAUAUGUGAUUACCCAAAAAAAUGCAUAGCUGCAAAAUCUUUUUUGGUUAGUAUUAUGAAAUGAAAUAAACUUCCGGUCUUUCU